AUGUAUCACACAGUAACACUAGCCAUAUCUUCCAGGGUGACAGAAGCUCUCCACACUGUCAACAAUCUACAAGACAAGGGACGGGCUGGGACCUCUGCUUUCCUCUUUGGAUAUGGGGACGGCGGUGGUGGGCCUACCCAGGACAUGCUGGAGAGGGCACGUCGACUUAAGGACACAGACGGAUGUCCAAGGAUGCAGAUGAUGAACCCUGACGAGCUCUUCGGACGGUUGGAAAAAGAUCAGCACAACCUGUGUCGCUGGGUCGGAGAGCUGUUCUUGGAGCGUCACAAUGGCACCUACACCACUCAGGCAGACAUGAAGCGACUGUGUCGGGAGACAGAGUUCAAACUGCGUGACGCAGAAUUCCUUCUUUCACAAGCUGUGGCAGUCCUUGGCCCAGCUGCGGCCUCGAGUCUCCUGCAGCAGAGUCUGCUCACGCUGGAUGGAGCCUGGAAAAAGACAAUGCUGAACCAGUUCCAUGAUGUGCUACCUGGUUCCGGCAUAGCCAUCAUCUACCCAGAGGCCACCAGGCUCUACCAGGAGGCUAUGACGGCAGCUCAGGACGUGUUCCAUAAUGCUGCCAACGCCAUCUUCGGCAGUGAGGGAGAGAUGAUGCAAGUAGUAAUAAACACUUUACAGUGGCCCCGUACGCAGGUGGUGAAGGUAUCAGCGGCCACCGACCCCCAGCAGGAAAAGCAGACCUACCAGCAGGUAGGGGUUAACCAGCAGGAAGAAAAGGCCUACCAGAAGGAAGGAGAGACCUACCAGUAUAUCAUGGUGGAGGCACCAUCAAUGGGCAGUGCACCAGUCGAAGCCAUCACACCCACUAGCACAGUUACCAUUGACGAGGUGGAUGGAGUGUUUGUGGUGACCAAUGGGCUAGUACGUGCUGAGGUCAAUGCCUGGGGUCAGGUUAUCAGCCUGCAGGUCACUGGUGACCCCAGAGACGUCUUCCGUGGGGCAGAUGGUACCCAACUAGUGGGCAACCAACUAGUGUUGUAUGAUGACCAGCCUAUCUACUGGGAUGCCUGGGAUGUCAUGGACUACCAUCUGGAGACUCCUCAAGUCCUUAAUGCUGAUGGGUCAGGGUACACAGUUACACCAGUGAGUGUGGUGGAGUCUGGACCUCUGGUGGUGAAGCUCCGCUGGGACGUGAUCAUCAGUGCUCACUCAACCCUCACUCAGGACAUCGAACUGACUGCCGCCUCCCCGUACCUUACAUGCACAACCUCCGUCACCUGGGGAGAGAACAGAAAGUUCCUCAAAGCACUCUUCGACACCAGCAUUCACUCCCAGAGAGCCAGCUUUGACAUCCAGUUCGGUCACCUGGAACGCCCCACACACAUGAACACAUCGUGGGACUCUGCUAGAUACGAAGUCUGUGGACACAAGUGGGCGGACUUGUCAGAGUACGACUGGGGUCUGGCGGUACUCAACAACAGCAAGUACGGCUGGAUGGCCAGAGGACACACACUGGCACUCUCCCUCCUGCGCUCUCCUAAAGCUCCAGAUGACACUGCUGAUAUGCAUCACCACACCUUCCAGUAUGCACUACUGCCCCACACAGGGACGCUUCAGGAAGCUGAUAUUGUACGUCGUGGCUACGAGUUUAACAAUCCACUCACCCUCCUCCAGGUCCCUCACGACAGGAGCGAGUGGUCUGCUGCGAGUGUGGAAGGGUCCGGGGCAGUGGUUCAUACUAUCAAGCCAGCAGAGGAUGGUUCAGGGGACCUGGUCUUAAGACUUUAUGAGAGUAAUGCAGCCAAAACUAAAAUCACGUUGAAGGUGAGCUGGCCAGUGACUUCAGUGAAGAAAUGUAAUGGACUGGAGGAGGUGGGUGAGGAGUUGAGCUUCACACAAGCUGAUGGAGUCACCUCCAUCCCUCUUUCCCUUACUCCCUUCUCCAUCUACGCCCUCAGGAUCACUCUGCAGGACUCCCGCUAGAUGGGGAAGCAAGAGAAGGACAUCCUAAUGAAAGAUCCCUGGUGUUGUGACUGUCACACCAAGCAUGGUCUCAACACUAUAUUUAGAGAGAUGUAAUACCAUAGAUAAAUGAUUCAACUGCCAUACCAGGGUAGAAAUAAUUAUACAUGUGUAUAUAUGUGUGUAAUAUAUAUAUAUAUAUAUAUAUAUAUAUAUAUAUACAUAUAUAUAUAUAUAUAUAUAUAUGUUUUUUGGGAAUGGGAAAUUAUGAUUUUUUUCACUAUACUGUACAUGUAUAGGUAUAUGCAUUUCUAUGUGAAUGUAUAUGUAUUUGCAAAAAUUUGGAUUAUAUCAAAUGGAAAUGAUUAAAACUAAUAACUCUUGUUAAUUGCACUUUACAAUAUAAUAAGUAUAUUGAGUGAAUUUAUUGAGGGGAAAUAUAUUGAGGGAAUAUAGUUUUACCAAUAAAACAGUAUAUCUCAUCAGUAAAAA